CCACUGAGCUUACACGCCACGGCUGCGCGGUGGCCCGGGCCGGAUAGAACUUGAUCCCCAAGGCAAACGGCAGCGACCAUGCCGCCGAUUCCAACUCCCCCGCCUCCCAUCUCCUCCUCUCGCAUAUAAACCCACGGCGCCCCCGGCGUGGCGAUCGUUUCCCGCUUUUCCCCUCGCACGCGGCGCUCGUCCCCCCGGGCUCGACUGCCCAAGCUUGCAAGGGUUCCCAAUACCGAUCCUCCAUCCCACCGAACCCGCGGAUCGAUCCGUGGCUAGAGCAGAGGGCACGCGGCCGGGGGUCCCCUGAUCGGGCAGCUGCUGCGCGCGGACCGGCGGAUUGAGGGAGAGGAUCGAGCAGGAUGUCGGGUCGGUCGAGCCGGAUCGCGGUGGUGGUGGAGGACCGGUGCCGGCCGAACAAGUGCGGCCAGGAGUGCCGCAGGCGCUGCCCCGUCAACGCAACCGGGCGUCAGUGCAUACAAGUUACGCCAUCCUCAACAGUCUCCUUAAUUUCUGAGGAUAUGUGCAUUGGAUGUGGUAUUUGUGUGAAGGUAUGUCCAUUUAAUGCUAUUCAAAUUAUAAACUUGCCAAGGGAACUUGAAAAGGAGACAACACAUCGCUAUGGACCAAAUUCCUUCAAACUUCACAGGCUGCCUGUUCCAAGACCUGGGCAAGUUCUGGGCUUGGUAGGGACAAAUGGUAUUGGGAAGUCAACUGCACUUCAAAUUCUUGCUGGAAAGUUGAAGCCCAACUUGGGUAAAUUCACGGAUCCUCCAAAUUGUGAUGAUAUUCUUAGGCACUUUCGUGGAUCUGAACUUCAGAAAUACUUUACGCGCCUUUUGGAAGAUAAAAUGAAGGCCAUUAUUAAACUUCAGUACCUUGAAAAUAUUCCAAAAUCUGUUCAAGGGAAAGUUGGUGACCUUCUUGAUAAGAUCGACAACAGACAAGUCAAAGAUAAGUUAUGUGAUAUUCUUGAGCUGAAACAUGUAAUGAACCGUAAUGUCUCAGAUCUAUCUGGUGGUGAGCUCCAGAGAUUUGCAAUAGCUGCCCGAGCUAUGGAAAAUGCAGAUGUUUAUAUGUUCGAUGAGCCAUCCUGCUAUCUGGAUGUGAAACAAAGGCUAAAAGCUGCACAAGUUAUUCGUUCAUUACUACAACCCAAAAACUAUGUGAUUGUUGUGGAGCAUGACCUUAGCAUUCUUGACUACCUAUCAGACUACAUAUGUUGUCUUUAUGGGACUCCUGGAGCAUAUGGUGUUGUCACUUUGCCCUCUUCAGUCAGAGAAGGAAUCAAUAUUUUUCUUAAUGGUUUUAUCCCAUCAGAAAAUAUGCGUUUCCGUGAGGAGAAACUUACAUUUAGAGUUACCGAGUCUGCUGAGGAGAUAAUAGAGGGUGAGACUUACCAAAGCUACAAAUAUCCUACCAUGGUGAAAACAAGACCUGGAUUCAAGCUUUCAGUCAUGAAUGGAAGCUUUACUGGUUCCCAAAUAAUUGUACUGCUUGGUGAAAAUGGUACUGGGAAGACAACAUUUAUCCGUAUGCUGGAAGGACGAGUGAAGCCAGAUAAAGUGGGAGAUAAAGAAGUUGAUAUGCCUGCGUACACAGUCUCAUACAAACCUCAGGAAAUGACACCCAAAAUUAGCUCUACCGUGAAAGAGGUUCUACACAAGAAAAUACCAGGAUCUUGCAGUCAUGCACAGUUCAGAUCUGAUGUCAUGAAACCGCUGAAAAUUGAAGAACUCAUGGACAGGCAAUUUGCAAAUCUUUCUGGCGGGGAGCUACAAAGGGUUGCACUUUGUCUUUGUCUCGGAAAGCCUGCUGAUAUUUACCUUAUAGAUGAACCAAGUGCCCAUCUUGAUUCAGAGCAGCGUCUUCUUGCAGCAAAGGUCAUAAAAAGGUUUAUCCUUCAUGAAAAGAAAACAGCUUUUGUCGUAGAGCAUGAUUUUAUCAUGGCGACGUAUCUUGCUAACAAGGUCAUCGUUUUUGAGGGAAAACCUUCUGUUGACUGUACUGCAAAUGUGCCUGAACCCCUGGCAUCUGGGAUGAACCGCUUUCUAUCAGUUAAGUUCAGAAUUCCUUUCCCCUUCCCUAUCACCAUUACCUCAACAGAAAAUAGAGGAUUACUUGAACUAUCUAGUAAGCAUUUGCUGACGACAUAUCCAAAUAAUUCCUGGACAUUUGAAUAGCCUGGUAAUAGUUAGACUACUGGUAAUUUAUGGUAUGCAGGAUGAAAGUGAUAAAUACUAAAUAAGUUUGUUUAAAUGGAAUUUUAAUGGAAUGUAUUUGACACUUUCAAUCUCUCUCUACACUGCAGCAUCUAGAUAUCACUUUUAGGACAGAUCCAACAACUUACAGGCCUCGGAUUAACAAGAUUGGGUCUACAAAGGACACUGAACAGAAGGCUGAAGGCUGUCAUUACUACCUUGAUUACUAAUAAAGCUCUCGCCAAGGGCACAUCUACUUUUUGCGAAAGCUCCAUUGGAGGCAAACAGACCAAAUGCUUGCGCUAUCGUGUUCGUAAAUGCAAGCACAUUAGCAUCGGCCAGUGCUAUCGGGCAUGUUUUGAAGCUUGUGGACAUGAACACUACGGGCCACCAAUUAACAUCCUGGUGAAGUAUUAUAACCAUUUUCGCGUCUGUCAAUGCUCUCGGGCACGUCACUGCACUUGCAGACGUGAAUUCCAUAAAUUUGCAACUCAAACCAUGGCAAAGUGUUAUAGGACCAGAGAUUGAAUGACAUUUGGAAUAGACUGGCAUGAAGCUACUACCAUAAUGCUUUGAAGUUUGAACAAGUUAUGACAUGAAGAUUAACUGCAUCGCUGAAGACUUAAUAAGAUGGAUCUGCUUAGCUUGCAGUUAUAUGGAAGUUUGAGUGAAUCUCCUAUCAGUUGAAGGCCACUCUGGACAGUUUCAUGGCUUAAUAAAAUGAUUGCUAUCAAAGCUUUUAUGUAUUCUCAUCAAAACCUUGGAUUGAAUCUUGAAUUUUGAGAUUUCUGGGGUUGAUUAUUUUUGUUUCUAUCAAGCACUUUAUUAUCUUGUUUGAGUCAUGAAUAAUGGUUUACCCUGCGGUGCUGUUACCAGCCUCCGUUUUCAAUGCCUUUGUCGUUACUGCUUUGUACAAACGAUGGCUUGGUUCACAAUUGAUGCGGCAAAACUGCAAACAUUGGUAGUUG